GCCAGGAGCUGAGAUCGGCGGGGUCUGCAGGGACUUACCGGCUGCUGGACGUACAUGUCUGCCCUCCCGAACCGGCACCGAGGUUUCUACUUCCUGUGACAUCAUCACACCAUGCCUGAGGGGUCACGGCGUGGCAGCCAGCGAUCGUCUAGUAGCACAGCCGCCAAGCGUCCCUCCUCAGUCUCGUCUCUGAGUGGGAUUGUGGGUAGGAUGAUGUCAUCUGGCGAACGAGGAGCCUCGUCCUCCUCCUGCACCUCCGUCAACACCGUCUGCUCCGAUGGCGAGCGUCCCCCCUCCCUCUCCCUCUCCUCCUCUGCCUCCUCAGUCUCCCUGCAGGACGCCUCCCACUCCUCUUCUUCCUCCUCCUCCUCUUCCUCGUUGCCUUAUGGCGCCUUGCCGACCUACAACGCUUCCUCGUCCUUCUCGUCAUCCUCCACGCCGAAGAGGAACGGCUCGGACAUCAGCCUGGACCUCACCCCCCUGGCGGUGACCGACCGAAUCGCGUUUUCCCCUCGGGGCUUUUACCGUGGCCGUAUGAGCUCCCUGCCGAGAGCGUUCGGUGCUGCAGACCUGUACGAACCCGUUGACGCGACUCGACUCGACUCGACUCGACUCGACUCGGCUCGGCUGCUGCUGAUACGAGUUCUCCUACAGAUCCGCUGCCCUCAGCUCUUCCCGCACGGCGAAGGAUGCUGA